AAGUCGUGACCUUUGAAAGCAAAACACUGCAGCCCCUUGGCAACCCGGCGCUGGGAAGGGAUCCAGGAGGCUGUACCUAGAGGAGGCACGGAGUGUCCGGGUCGCUUCUCCGGAACCUGGAAUAGGUGGAUCUAGAAGGAACGUCCCGGAGCUUGGCCAGAGUCAGAAGACACGCCCUCACCCGUCUGCUUGUGGGAGAGACAGGAGCCGCUUCCUUCUCAGGGAAGCUGAGGAGACAGCUGUAAAUCAACCAAAAGAAAUCAGAGGAUUCAUUUGGCUGAGGAAGGGAGCUGGGCGGCUUCUGGAAGGAGGUGAACCCCGGGAGACAUGGCUUCCAGUUCACACCCUGCCUAGCUGCAGCUCCAGCCUGGCCUGUCAGGAUGUCCCCCUAGACAGCCAUGGACGGAGCCCACAGUGCAGGCCUGCAGCUGCAGCCACUCCCACCCACCAGUGGUGCCACCUCCACCAGCCUGAGCAGCGGCGAGGGCUCCUUCUCCUACAAGGAAAACCUGAUUGGCGCUCUCUUGGCGAUUUUCGGGCACCUUGUGGUCAGCAUCGCCCUUAACCUGCAGAAAUACUGCCACAUCCGCCUGGCAGGCUCCAAGGACCCCCGGGCCUACUUCAAGACCAAGACAUGGUGGCUGGGGCUGCUCCUGCUGCUGCUGGGGGAACUGGGUGUGUUUGCCUCCUACGCCUUCGCUCCGUUGUCACUCAUCGUCCCUCUCAGUGCUGUCUCUGUGAUAGCAAGCGCCAUCAUCGGAAUCAUCUUCAUCAAGGAAAAAUGGAAACCUAAGGACUUUGUGAGGCGCUACAUCUUAUCCUUCGUUGGCUGCGGUUUGGCGAUUGUGGGAACCUACCUGCUAGUGACAUUUGCACCCAAUAGUCAUGAGAAAAUGACAGGCGAGAACAUCGCCAGGCACCUUGUGAGCUGGCCUUUUCUCCUGUACAUGCUGGUGGCGAUCAUCCUGUUCUGUCUGCUGCUGUACUUCUACAAGGAGAAGAACGCCAACAGCAUCGUUGUGAUUCUCCUCCUGGUGGCCCUGCUUGGUUCCAUGACGGUGGUGACGGUCAAGGCCGUGGCAGGGAUGCUGGUGCUGUCUAUCCAAGGCAACCUGCAGCUGGACUACCCCAUCUUCUACGUCAUGUUCGUGUGCAUGGUGGCCACUGCCAUCUACCAGGCCACAUUUCUGACUCAGGCCUCUCAGAUCUAUGACUCCUCCUUGAUCGCCAGUGUAGGCUACAUCCUGUCCACCACAGUGGCCAUCACAGCAGGUGCGAUCUUCUACCUGGACUUCCUCGGGGAGGAAGCUCUGCACAUCUGCAUGUUUGCACUGGGGUGCCUCAUUGCCUUCUUGGGAGUGUUCCUAAUCACUCGAAACAGGAAGAAGGCCAUUCCAUUCGAGCCCUAUAUUUCCAUGGACGCCAUGCCAGGUAUGCAGGACAUGCAUGCAAAAGGGACGACGGUCCAGCCUGACCUCAAAGCUUCUUUUUCCUACGGAGCCUUGGAAAAUAACGACAACAUUUCUGAGAUCUACACCCCGGCCACACUGCCGGUCAUGCAGGAGGAACACAGCUCUAGAAGCAACCCUGGCGUUCCCUACCGCGUCCUGGAGCACACCAAGAAGGAGUGAUAGGCCUCCCUUGGGAGGGGGGUGGGGUCACUGCCCAUAGGCCACCCAUGGUUCCACUCUUCAUUGCCCAAACUGCCUUUCACGUAUCCUGGUUUCAAACGGAAAACUGUCCAAGAUGACCUUUCGAGGCCCCCUCCCCCUCUCGGACAGAGAAGCCAUUCAGUGACCUUGACCUUGGAAAUUGCAAAUAGUGGGGAGAGUACCCAAGAUGGGGUGUGUGACCCGUUAAGCUAGUGGGAGCCAUUUUACCUCCUUGGACAGUCAGUGAGCAUCAGGUAACAGUCACAGGUCACAGGCUUCCACACAUUCCUUGGAGUGAAAGCAAGACAGUGAAGAGUCUGCUCCCUCUUUGCAAACACAGCAAAAGGCUGGAGACCUCCACAGUGGGUCUUCCUCUGCCCCGCACGCAUGCCUCAGCUCUACCUGGUUCACUCACCAUUCUAUAGCUCUGAGGAUAUUGCUGUCCUUUCUGCCAGGCCCAGCAGGGCCAACCCUAUGUGGAACAAGCUGUCGUUUGCACCUUGCUGGCAUACAUGGGGCGGCAGCCACCCCAUCACCCGUGCCCUUCUGUGAAGACCUGGCGGUGUCUGCUGGGUCUGUUGUAAAAACUGGCUUCGUUCCAGUCCUUGAAGAUUAUUUCAUCACUUCCUCCCUCCAAAGAAGCCAAGGGAACAGAGGUGGAGGGAGAGAGGAGCAAGGCGGGGAGGGGAGCUGCCUUCAGCUGUUUCCAGCUGGUAAGAAGGGUUCUCGUGAUUCUCCUGUCCAGCCCCAGAGGAUGUGGCGGAAGCUCUCUCUAGGGCUGGCUACUCUUCUUCUGCACCUCUGGCAUUCCAGAAGAGUCACAGCCUCCUGUGGAUCCACGUUAGUCUCCUGUCCUCCCCUAACCUCUGCUAAGCCUCAGCUGCCGCUUCACAGCCUGGUUCAGGCAAAGCAGGUCUGCACACAUGCAGGUCUGCAGCUUUCUUCCUGUCUAUUCCGUGAGUAGCUUCCCCCUCUUUCUCCCCCACUCCUCAACCAGUGCACACAUUUGAGAGGAGCUGGCAAAGGCUUGCAGGCUUUGACGGGCAUUAGAAUUCCAGAGGAGUUUAUUUAAAAUGAAAGUUCCUUGCUCCAACUGUAGUGACCUGGAUCAGCGGGCCUGGGAUGGGACCCAACAGCCUGCAUUGUCACAGGAGAUCUGCGCCCCCAGAGAGCGUACCCCCUCAGAAGCCUUCUCACGGGCCUCUGAAUCCCAAGGGACCACACAGCCCUGCUAGGAGGUUUAAACCUCCAGUUUCUUACCCUCCCAGGGCUCUGUAGCAAGCUAGAUGGCCCCGUCGGACCUGCAGCAGUCCCUACCCAGUGACCACCACUGGAAAGUGACAGUGUUACUAGGUCAGUGUUGAUAAGUCAUCCUCAGCACACCCAACAGAGCUCUGACUUCAGAACCCAGCCGUUGGCUACAGAGCCUACCACCACUUCCGUAUUUCGUCUUGACCAUGUCUGUAUUGUGGCUUGCAUGCCUGCGGUUGAAAUGGCAACAGAGGAAGGGCUGUUCAACUCAGCCCAACAGCACUUAGGCCCCUGGGUGUUUUUCUUAGGUUCUGGGGGCUGUUUUACCAUAUAUCUUACCCACAAAGCUACAAGCAUUACACAUAGUUCUGCCCUCCAGGACUUCAGGGGGAUACACACGUACCAGGAAGGCAGGGCAAGCUGUGUGGCAGAGAGGCAGAGAGUUACCUGAACUCAAUAGCUCUUCAGAUUGGAGACAAAUUCCGUGCAUUCAUGGUGGAAAUACAGCUAAGCUUAGAGAGUGGGUGAUCACACCCUCCUCUGACCCCCACAAGGAAAUGGGCAGCUCUGGAAAGUCAGAGGUUGGGGCCAGGGUUGUCAGAGCCGGGGAAAGUGAUAAGAGAUGAACAUCAAAAGACAAGCAAUGGACCUGAAGCAUAGUGGCUCACACCCGUGACCCCAGUCCUUGGGAGAUGUUGUUAUUUUCUUCAGGAGGAUUGCCACAAAUUCGAGGCUAACCUUGACUACCAAGUGAGACCCCGUCUCAAAACAAGAUUAGCAACAAAGAUAAUUAAAGAGAUGUGACUAGCUGGCAAAGGCAAGUAUCCUAGAGGGUGUGGGAGCUACUGAAGAGUCACGAGGAAGAGUGUAGCAGGAUGAGCACCUAUGGGAAAGGAGACCCUGUUCUGUGGCUGGAGAGAAAGAUGGAGCGAUAAGUCACCUGUCAGGGUCAGGCUCCCGGCCCCGAAGAACAGAGAAUUAAAGCUUCUGUUCUGAUAGCUGGUGGGGAUUAGGAAGUGGGUGGUGUAUGCAAAGAAGUGAGCAGGGAGACUGUUUAUUCGGGGCAAACCCAGGCGGGCACCCAUCGUUUUGGCAUAGUAUGUGUGCCAGCCUCAUUCUGCCCCUUCCCUCCUCCUGUAUGCUGUUUAGCCCUGGCCAGCCUGAGAUACAGGUGUACUGUAACUGCAGGUGAUGCAGAAGGUGUGGGUAGUGCUACCCAGACACUGCUUCCUGGGCAGCUAGAUGGCUUUCAGGUUGGGGACAGUAGCCACCAUCGUCCAAACGAAGCCAUGAGGGAUGAACAGAAAGGCCUUUGAGCUCCUGAGUAGAGAUGGGGCAGGGCAGUCGGGCAGUGGGAGACCAGUGUCCCCCACCCUGUCCUAGCUGCCCUGCUUGGCCCCAGGUGUCAUUGAAUUGUCAGCUCACAGCAAGGCUUCCCUGUUGUUACAAUGAGGAAGAAGAAGACCAACUUUCUACUUACAACCCUAUUUUCCCUUGUGGCUCUGACAUCACCCACCCACUCCCAUCCUUCCCCACCCUCCAUCCUAAAGACAGGCAUUCAGUCUGUAGUCCAGGCUGGUCUUGGAAUCUCAAUCCUCCUGCCUCGGCCUCUGGAGUGCUGGGAUUGUGGGUGUGUACUACUGUGUCCAGCUCCCAUCUGAACUCCCCUGGCCACAUUAAAUGCCAUACAGCCUCUCUCCCAGCCACAAGGCACCUCCCACAGGGUCACCAACCAGGGUUUAAACUUCAUUUGUUCAUUUGUCUUCCUCCCCGACCCCCCACUCGGAAUCUCUGUUCCGUGGGUUGGGUUCCUGAUUAGACAUUACAACAGAUGUUCUUGCAAACUGCUGCUUUCGAAGGGGGAGUCCUGACCCCACACUGCGGCCUGAUGGUACCCUCACUUUCAGCACUAGGAUUUGGGGUUCAGCAUGGAUCUGAGUACUGGUGGGGAGGGGAACUUAAGAUCUCUGGUUGCCUUUUCAGUGGACCUAGACGGCUUGAGGGUAUCACGGGAACAGAUGCAGGUGGCCAUCAGAGAAGGACUGGGCCCUGCCCACCCUGCAAUCUUGCAGAUUUCAAAUGUGACCCAACUCUAACUGACACUGAAAUGGCUGUGUAAAUAAAGUCACUAGAACAUAGUCUAUGUAGAUGCUUAUAUUUUGUUAAUGUCAAAACUAAUACAGCAUGUGUUAUUUUGCAAAAGUGUGUAUACUGUGUGCAGAUAACAUUGUAAAGUGGUAUUUAAUUAAAAACCCAAGCAGUACGUACA